UUCAAUGAGUUAAUGAACCAUUUCCUACAUUCAGAUAAACUCUUUGGCACUGUAUAUGGGAACGCGAAACGAUUCAAUACGAUUCAGAAAUUUCAGAAAUUUCUUUAUAAUUUCAAAAAUUGCCACGGAAUUGCGCAAUUUCGAUUCACGUUGUAAAAGGAGCUAUCUUGAGAUUAAACUGGCGAUUGCAAUGUAGUAGCAAUUUACGUAACUUUCCUAACGAAUUAAAGUUUGCUUCGCAUUUUCUUGUCUUUAAUUUUCAUUUUUAUAAAUGAGAUCCAUGUAGGCGCAUGAAACUUUUACAAUAAUUACUUAAAUAUUCCGCAAGUUCCUUUUUAUAUCCCAUUUUACAUAUUCAGAAAUAAAUUCGUUUUAACGUUAUUUUUGAAACACUUGUCUGGAAACUCUUUUGUAGGAGUUUUGAAUGUGGAGGCUUGAAGCGUCUCUAAGACAACCUGAUAAGUUUCUUCCGAUAACUUAUUCGUAUUACUCAAAAAUAAGCUCUUUAUCUGUACUUAGAUGUUUGUUUUAUUUUCACAUUUGUAUUUUAACUGCAUUCGACUGCCAUCAUUGUCUUCUUGUUUUCAAUCAACUUGGUAUUUUACAAUUGUGAAGUGAUUUUUCUCAUUUAAAUAUGAGACAUAAUUAUGGAAAAUAUAUUUCAUUGAUAGUUUUCUUCACUGCAUUUGUGAAUGGAAUUUAUUGUGAUAAACUGAAAAAUCAUAGUGUUGGGUUCAAACAUAUAGGAUUCAAUUCACAAGUGAUGAAAAGUGAAAGAUCUGGAAAUGAGAGUCGAAAUUGCAGCUGUGGAACGGGCGAAAAAGUUUGCAGCUUCGACCAGGAUAAAAAAAAAAAAUGCACAUGCGAAGAGGGAUUCAUAGUGACGAAAGACGAAAAGGAAAACGAGCAAUGCACAGAAUGCAGGUGUGGAAUGGGCGGAAAAGUUUGCAGCUUCGACAAGGAUAAAAACAAAAAAUGCACAUGCAAAGAGGGAUUUAUAGUGACGAAAGACGAAAAGGGAAACGAGCAAUGCACAGAUCCUUGUUCCACAAAUCCUUGUCAGAAUGGCGGAAAAUGUCAUGUAACGGACGAAGGUUUAAAGUGUGAUUGCAAACAUCCAUACUCAGGAGAUAAAUGUGAAAUCGAUCCAUGUUUCACAAAACCUUGUAAAAAAGGAAAUACUUGCAAAGUAAAUGAUGGAAAAAUGAUGUGUGAGUGCAACUCACCGUACGAAGGAAUUUUCUGUCAGGCUGAAGCUGACAGAUGUGCCUUGCUACUUGCCAAAGGGGAAUGCAACAAGGAACACGAAACCUGUUAUGAGGGUACUUGUAAGUGUGAGAAAUCCUAUGCCUAUUCAAAAGAUGGAAAAGCUUGUGAAGAUGAUAUAUGCGGUAAAAAAAGUGGGAUAGCUGUGUGUCCAGAAAAUGCGGAAUGUAAUGAAAUCACGAAUGGAUAUGAAUGUGUUUGCAAGAAAGGUUUCUACCAAAAUAGUGCCAACUGCGAGAAAAUUAAUCCGUGUUCGCCUGGUGUGUCGACGUGUGAACAGUUUUGUAGCCCUAAGGAUGGAAAAUGUGCCUGUGGAGAUGAAUUUACAUUAAAUAAGGACAAUACAACAUGUAAACGCAAGAAAAGUGAUGAUGAAUGUCUUAAGAACUGUGGGAAAGGCACAUGUUUUAAGAAAAAUGGAGAAGAAGAUUGCAUUUGUCCAAAUGCUACCCACGUUCGUGGAGAUACUGGAUGCGAAGGUAAUAGAUAUUAUUGCACGCAUGAAAGCAAGUCUCCUCCAGGAAUGUGUCCUGGUGAUAAGUGCAUCCCCGACGAAAAGUUUGCUUUCCGCUGUGAUUGCAAAGACCCUUACGAGAUGGCUGAAGAUGGAAUCUAUUGUAAGAGAAAGGCCAUGUGCAGGAGUGGUGGAGGACAUGCUGCAUGUAGUAAGGAAAAUGCAAAAUGUCAGGAAGAUUUUGCUGAUGAAGGUUUAGGUUACAAAUGUGUGUGCGAUACUGGCUUUGUGAAAGCUGAUAAUGGUACUUGCAUAAAUGCAUGUGACCUGAAAAACUGCGAGGCAUCCAGAGCACGAUGCGAACUUAAUGGAAAUUAUGAAGCAGUUUGUAAAUGUCCUCUCCUGAUGACUAUGGGAACUGAUGGAAUGUGUACGAUUGUUGAUAAUUCUUAUAUUGCUAAGCUGAAAGUUCUGAAGAGAAAAUAUGAAAUACAUGUUGAACGAAAACAGUCUAAAAGAUCCCUAGAAGAUACAGUGGACUAUGCUAAGCUACGAGGGGAUUUCGAGCUUUCGUUGAAGAAUGUUUAUAGUGAUUACAGAGAUUUAAAGCUAUUGAACUGCACAGAUGAAGGUAAAGAACUGGAAUGUAAUUUGGAAUUGCAACUUAAAAAAGCUGCAUCGAAGAAUACUAUAAACUUGAUCUUCCAACCUUCAAUAUGUAUACCCCUAAAAGACACUUCCUACUGUUGGAUAAAACCGAACCUGAUAGUUCAAAUUGGGAAACCCGAAGAAGUAUUUCAUGUCGCUAAUCCUUGUACAGAGGAAAUCCAGAAGUUGUGCGGACCAGUAGCUUCCUGCAAACAGCUUAAAAAUACUUCUAGCUUCCAGUGUCUGUGCAAAGAUGGAUUCAAGAGUAUAAAUACUUUUCACUUAACUUCACUAAGCACUAUUGAAAUAUGUGAAGAUAUCGAUGAAUGUCAAGAACAGACGUCUUGCCCAAACAACACCGAAUGUUUUAACAUAUUUGGAAGUUAUGACUGCCAGUGCAAACAAGGGUAUCGUCCCACCGAAACGAAGAGCAUAAAAGAAAGCGGUUGCAUAGCUGUAUGUGACCCUAAUCCUUGCAAGCAUGGCGAAUGUGUGCAGUUCGGGAAUCAUGGCUUUUUAUGCAGUUGUGAUGAAGAAUAUGGAGGUGCUUUCUGCAAUUCAACAAAUGAAUUAGUAAAGAAAGUAAAGAAAUCAGGAGUUACCAAAGCAGCUGUAGUUGGUGUUGUAUUAGGACUUAUACUUGCAGUUGUUCUAAUUGGUGGAUACAUGUAUUUUAGAACAGACAGAAAAGAGAGUCAUGAAUAUGCCCAAAAUGCGAACCAAAAUGUUUUUCCAUACAUGAGAGGGCGUGACAGCAGUGGCCGAAACCUAGGCACUGCAGCACAGAAUUCAGGUCAUAUGGGUGCAGAAAGCGGUCAACGGGAUACAAUGCGUAGCAAACUCAGAAGAAGUUUGGACAAAAGCAAACUGGUUCCCAACGUUCGAUGGUCAAGGCAUUCGGAUGGUGAAUAUACUGAAAUAAUUGACGGAAUAGUUGAGGGUGAUAUAGAAAACCAAAACAGGUCUUUUUCCAAAUCUUCAGAUCAUCUGGGAAAAUAAAUCAGAAUUAUCAGAUAAAAGAAGAAAAGAUAUACUAUUGCAAAAGAAGAGGUGCAUAGUAACGGACCUUUUUGAGUGCAUUUUGUAACUGAAAAGAGAAUGAUUUUUGUAUGAAUAAAAGCACAGUUGAACAAAGAUCACUUUAUUUCUUUCUAAUUUUUAAAACUGUAUUCCGAAAGUGUGAUUUUAAAACUGUAUUCCAAAAGUAUGAUCAGUGGGUUGUCCUCAAAUUUAAAAAUAAUAUCGCUCAGUAUGCAACUAAGAAACUUAAUUAUGCAGUUUUUUACAGUUAUGAAUAUUAGACUGUGUUAUAAUUUAAUGUUAUCUUAUUUUUGUUUAAGGAAUAUUUUCUUGAAUUAGAUUAAUAUAAAAUCUUCCCGAGCUCCUUGCAUUUGUUCAUACAAACUUUUCUUAUUCUUGUAUUCUUGUCUACUUCAGUAUUUUUGCAAAUUAAAUAAAUGUUUUAGAGUUAU